GAAAUAAACAUAACAACGGACAGUGAAACCGGUUUGUAUUAGAACUUUGGGGUUUAAAGCGAGCGGCAGACAUCUAAAUUAUUCGUAUUAUUAUAAAAAAAUUGAUUUGGAAUUUAAUAGUUUUUCGCUACAAUAAAAAAAUGUCCCUUAAAAGAGUGCAAAACGCUAGCAAGUGUUAUUGCAACAGUGUGGCAUCGACCUGCUGCAAUAGCCAUGUGAAUUGCUUCAAGCGUAAAGCAACGGGCAGCGGAAGUGUUUUCAGUGUCGCAACAAAGAGUAAACAAGAUAAACAAAAUUUUAAUAAAAGAACAGCGAUGGGGAGCAAAUCGAAGACAGAUUUUGUUAAAAUUAAACGCAAAUCAGCGGGCUCAAUCGAAACGGAUAAAAAUCGUCGCGGCCUCGGACACUCGCAAUCACGUGCCGUUGCCGCCACCAACUUCAGCCGCCGCAACUCUGCCGCGACUACGGUCACCUUUUCCACGCCCUGCGCCACGUCAGCUAGAACGCAUAGCUCGAAUGCGAUAACACCCACACCAACAACGUCGUUGACGUCGUCAUUGUCGGCUUCACCAACAACAAUACUAAAAGCGACACCCGUAACUAUGGCAGCACUUGGCGAUAAUUUUCGUGCGCUGAGUGUGGCGGCAAAAAGUGAAAGCGACAACCGCGGCGGUGAUUUGGGAGGCGCGCUGCAACACGAAUAUACUGAGCGGCGACGAUACUAUGAAAGCGCAAAACAGCUAAUGAAGUUGAUAGCAGCACGAAGUGACAACUUUUCUACGCUGACUAUAGCUAGCAAUGGUGCAAGUAGUGAUUGUCAUGACAAUUGCGCGGCUGACGCAUCGUUGGAUGCAGAACGCUUACGCGCUCUACAAAAAUUUCGCUUACAAAAUGCUGAUGAGUGUUUUAGUGUGCAUCGACAGUUGGAUUUGCAGUUGCCUUCACAGCGAAAGGAGUUGGCGCGCAAAGCGGAUGAGCAGCAUACGCGAAAUUUGUGGUGCGCUUUGUUGGAGCGCGAAAAUGUGGCACGUAGCGAGGAUGGGCGCUUGAAAAAAAGCGAUAGCAGCAAAGCGGUGCCGAAGACCGUUGUGAAGGAGAGUGUAGGCGCGCAAGCGCCAGAGAGGGCGAAAAGGCUGCAGAGUACUUCGCUUACGCCCUAUGUUGUACGUCAAAAGUUACUGCAAUUGCGAUUGGAAGCGGAGGAAAUUGGGCGCUUGAAGCCUGGGCGUAAAUUGUACAGAACGGAGGAAGAGAGUUGCUCGUUGCGGUAUCAAGCAACGUACUAACGUAUGUGUGCGCAAUACAUUAGGGUGCAACACCAAAUCAAACUGCGUUUUUUCCGCCGGAAUUAUAAAAUUGAUUAUAUUUUAAGACUUCCGACAAAGUAUUUCGGCAAAAUAUUAGGAUUUACGUGAGCUAGACCGAUCUGAAAAUACCUCCAAAAAUCUCAUUAUUUUGAUUCCGUUGAUAAAACUUUAUAGCAUUUUGUGCAGACCCUUUAAGCUUGAACUCUGCUAUCAUCAAAGGUGAAAAAAAUUCAGAAAAAAACGGAAUUUCAUAAAAAAAAAAAAUUGAUUUUUGGAGGUAUUUUCAAAAAGGCCAAGCU